CUCCAGAGCCACUAUAAGGCGGGCGGGGCCGGCAGAGGGCGGAGACUGGAGCCAGAGUCUGGGGUCGGCGGCAGCACCUGGGGGCUGAGGCUGCGCGCGCCCAGUUACCACCGGCAUCCCUGUAUGGGGCUGCUCGUGCAGUUCUGUCCAGGGUAGGGGCACCAGGGACCUCCCCUGCUUUGCAGAAGAGGAAACAGCCCAGAGAGGUGAAGGCACUUGUCCAAAGUCACACAGCAGGUGACCCUAUUUGCAGCAGGCAUGUCAGAAGAUGAGGCGGCUCAGACCCACCCACCCAGCUUGUGGGAGCAGGACCAGCAGAAUGUGGUCCACCGAGUGGUGGCCCUGCCCCUGGUCAAGGCCACGUGCACUGCUGUCUCUGAUGCUUACAGCGCAGCCAAGGAUAGGCACCCGCUCCUGGGCUCUGCCUGCCGCCUGGCUGAACACUGCGUGUGCAGCCUCACCACCAGCGCCCUGGACCACGCCCAGCCACUGCUCAGCCACCUGCAGCCUCAGCUGGCUACAGUGAACGAUCUUGCCUGCAGGGGCCUCGACAAGCUGGAGGAGAAGCUACCCUUUCUCCAGCAACCUUCGGAGAUGGUGGUAACCUCAGCCAAGGACGCAGUGGCCAGCAGUAUGACAGGCAUGGCGGGCUUGGCACGGCAGGGCCGGCGCUGGAGCGUGGAGCUGAAGCGUUCCAUGAGCCACGCGGUGGACGUCGUGUUGGGCAAGUCGGAGGAGCUGGUGGACCACUUCCUGCCCAUGACUGAGGAGGAACUCGCGACACUGGCAGCUGAGGCUGAGGGCCCGGAAGUGGGCUCAGUGGAACAGCAGAGGAGACAUCAGGGCUACUUUGUGCGCCUGGGCUCCCUGUCAACACGACUCCGCCACCUGGCAUAUGAGCACUCUCUGGGGAAACUGAGGCAGAAGAAACAUCAUGCCCAGGACACACUGGCCCAGCUGCAGGAGACACUGGAGCUGAUUGACCUCGUGCAGUGUGGGAUGACCCCCACCGCCCCAGCCCGCCCUGGGAAAGUACACGAGCUGUGGGGGGACUGGAGUCUGAGCGCCAUGGAGAACGGCCGCCGCCGUAGUCAGGUGGAGCUGGAAACACUGGUAUUGUCCCGAAGUCUGAUGCGGGAGCUACAGAGCUCAGUGGACGCACUGGAAACCAGCGUGCGGGGCCUGCCCCGGGAUGCCCAGGAGAAGGUGGCCGAGGUGCGGCGCAGUGUGGACACCCUGCAGGCGGCCUUCGCUGAUGCGCGUUGCUUCAGGGAUGUGUCAGCCUCGGCGUUGGCCGAGGGCCGGGGCAGAGUGGCUCGGGCCCAUGCCUGCGUGGACGAGCUGCUAGAAUUGGUGGUGCAGACCAUGCCGCUGCCCUGGCUCGUGGGGCCCUUUUCGCCCAUCCUCAUAGAGCGGUCGGAGCCCCCACCUGGCCUGGAGAACCUGGUGGAUGAGAUCGUGGGGGGCCCUGACCCCCGCUGGGCGCAUCUGGACUGGCCGGCCCAGCAGAGAGCCUGGCAGGCCCAGCACCGGAAUGGGCUAGGUCUCCCGGAGGACAUUCCAGAGGAGCCUGAGCCCCCCAGUCGCCCCAAACACACCUUGAUGCCAGAGCUGGACUUCUGAUCCCCUGGAGCCUCUGCCAGUGGCAGCAGGAGGCUGCCCUACACUUCCAUAGCCUGCUGCCCUCUAGUGGCCACACAGAAGCACAACAGCCAAUGCCUUUACCCUGGCCCAGGUACGGAGUUGGGGGUUCCCAUGGAAUUCUGACUCUGGACCAGCUACUCUGACAUCAGACCCUUCCCAAUCUUUCCCUUGGACAUAUGAGGACAUGAACCUAAGUCAGGUCUGACUAGUCUCCAGCUGGAUUCAUCUGUCUGUAGUUACCUGUUCCUCACCCCAAGAAGCUGAUCAAAGCUCCUCAGAGAAACACAUUUUGCCAGUGGCUUCUAUUUGGGGCUUUGAAAAACAAUCAUCCACCUGCUCCCCCAGCUUGUACAUCCUGGUCUGAGGGGUCCCCAAAGAUGCCGGGCUGCACCAACUGGGCCAGCCGGACCCACUUGCUUUGCUGUUUGGGGUAUGCUCUCCAGAAUAAAGGUGCUUCAUGUUGUUCAAA